CAGUCUAGUUUUCUUCUACCAAAACAGUCAACCAUGGAAAUGCAUCGUCCAAUUCUCUAUCUCCUUCCUCUUCUGUCUUUUCUUGAUUCCAUUGGAACUCUGGAAACAAAUGUUUUACAUUCUGCAGCUACUUCCAUCGAUCGAAACAGUUUUCCCCACGGAUUUGUGUUUGGAUCGGGGUCCAGUGCUUACCAGUAUGAAGGAGCUGCAGAUAUUGAUGGCAGAGAACCAAGCAUAUGGGAUACUUUUGUCAAGGAACACCCAGAAAAGAUCUUAGACCACAGCAAUGGAGAUGUAGCAGAGGAGUUUUAUUAUCGUUUUGAGAAAGACAUUGCUUUGAUGAAGGAAAUUGGACUGCACUCAUUCAGAUUUUCAAUAUCAUGGUCAAGAAUAUUGCCUCAAGGAAAAGUCAGUAGAGGAGUGAACCAGCUUGGUGUUGACUUCUACAAUUAUUUGAUAAAUCACCUCAUUUCAAAUGGCAUACGACCAUUUGUGACAUUAUUUCAUUGGGAUCUUCCUCAAGUCCUUCAAGACGAGUACAACGGAUUCUUAAGUCCUAACAUCGUGAAUGAUUUUCGCGACUACGCAGACUUCUGCUUUAAAGAAUUUGGUGAUCGAGUUCAGCAUUGGGUCACUCUCAAUGAGCCAAACUUAUCAAGCAUGUUUGGGUAUGCAAUGGGUACUCAAGCACCCGGGAGAUGUUCUAAUUAUGUAGGAAAUUGUACUGAAGGAAACUCGGCGACAGAACCUUACCUUGUGACUCACCAUUUCAUUCUAUCUCAUGCAGCCUCCGUAAAAUUGUAUAGGGAAAAAUAUCAGGCUUCACAAAAAGGAAUUCUUGGGAUUACAGUAGAAUGUUUCUGGAUGGUGCCUAAAUAUGACGAUGUUGCUAGCAGGAAGGCAGCCUCUAGAGCUCUCGAAUUUUCUUUUGGAUGGAUUGUCAAUCCAAUUGUUCAUGGAAAAUAUCCACAGAUAAUGCGAAAUUUAGUAGGGAAGCGACUGCCAGAAUUUACAAAAGAAGAAGCCAAAAUGGUAAAAGGUUCGAUUGAUUUUCUUGGAGUUAAUUAUUACAGUGCAAGAUAUGCAGAUGAUGUUACAUUUACCAGCAGUGUAAACCUAAGUUACAUGACAGAUAGCCGUGCGAAUCAAACUACCGAGAAAGAUGGAAUUCCAAUUGGUCAACCGACAGGUGCUAGUUGGCUGUAUAUCUAUCCGAAAGGGAUUCAAGAGUUUAUGCUUUAUAUAAAGAGGAAGUACAAAAAUCCUCCCAUCUACAUUACAGAGAAUGGGAUGGCAGAUGUAAAUAACAGAUCGUUGCCUAUUGCAAAUGCCCUCAAGGAUGAUUUAAGGAUAAAAUACUUCCAUCUUCAUCUGUCUUAUCUUCUACAAUCGAUCAAAGAAGGAGUUGACGUGAGGGGAUACUACUCUUGGACAUUUCUAGACGAUUUUGAGUGGCAAUUUGGUUUCACAAACCGGUAUGGGAUGAUUUAUGUCGACUUUGAAGAUGGGCUCAAAAGAUACCUCAAGAACUCUGCUUUAUGGUUUAAGAAUUUUCUCCUUGGAGAUGCCGAGGUAACGGUUUCUCGCUUGUAAAUUGGUUGUAGCUUAUUUUACAAUUGACAUUUGUUUUAGGUAUAUUGCCAAGAGAGAAAUAAAGGUGGGAUCAAAAUAUAUUCAAAUCUCACCAUGAUUCUUGGGGAAUGAUCCUAUGGGACCUCAGAUGUCUUACGAAUCAUGUGUGUAUGUAUAAAUGAUUAAUACAUUCCUCUUUCUACAAAAAAUUGUAAGUUCGGAGCAAAUUAUCUCUCAUAUGUCAAAGUUUAAAAAUUUUAUUCUGAUUGUCACUUAGUUGCUGAAUAUAUGCAUUUCUAUUAAAAAAAAUCUACCACGAGUCCUAUCUCAAUCCUUAUAUGUAGCAUAUGUCAAUUUAUUGUACCCAUAAAAUUUAUAGUUUAUUAAUGUAUAUGAAGACAUUUAUCUAAUAUUAUCCCAUAUAUAUUUUUAUCCAAAUCUUGCCAUAAGUCACGUUUCUCCAGCUGGGCAUGUCACUUCAACUAAGAAGAGCUCUUCAAGCUUACCUAGACUUACUAUCAAGUUAAAGGAGAACCACUCAGUAAAUGUCGCUAACGACACCAUGGUGCCCGAGAUAAUUGUGGCCCAUAUAUUAAUAUGGUCAAUCUAAAGGGCAUUUUAGCCCCUAUGUAAAGCUAAGAAAAGCUUAAGUAAAAGGGAAAGACUUCGCUCUUUCAAAACUCUCUAAACACUUCUCAAGUUUAUUUUACGUCCUUAAAGAGUCUUACUAAUUUAGGGAUAAGAGUGCUCCCUGAGACAAAUCCUAAUGUCACCAUUUGUUCAGUGUUUGCUGGUAAUUUUGACAUUUCCAAGACCCAAAAACAAAAUAAACUAAGGGACAAAAAAAAAAAAAAAAAAAAA